AUGAAUAUGGCAUCGGCGUGUGGAUCGAGCAUUCCUCAAACGUCCUCCGUGAACGUGCAGGAGUUUUCGAUUAGAGUGCCGAAAAGCGGCCAGAAAAAGCACCAUGUAAUGAGAUUCAAUGGUACGUUGGACAUAGAUUUCUCCAAAUGGACGAAAAUCAGUAUGGAGCGCGAAAACAACAUGAAGGAGUUCAAGGGAACUGACGAGGAAAUGCCGAAGUACGGGGCGGGUUCCGAGUUCGGCAGGGAGGCCAAGGAGGAGGCGCGCAGGAAGAAAUUGGGUAUAAUAGCGAGGAAAUACAAGCCCGAAGACCAGCCUUGGAUAUUGAAGUCCUACGGAAGCACUGUGAAAAAAUUCAAAGAUGGAGCUAUCGAAGCUUUUCCUCUAAAAGAGUGGUACAAAUUCCAACCGAUCCAAAGGUACAAGGCCUUGUCUGCCGAGGAAGCCGAACUGGAAUUCAGCAAGCGAAACAAACAUUUAAAUUUCUUCUCGCUGAUGUUGAGGAAGCGUCUGAAGGGCGAGGAAGAUGCAGAGCUAGACGAAGGCGAGGAGAAAAGCAAAAAAUCCACUUCCAAAAAGGAUAAAGAAUUGAAAAUAUCCGAAAUGGACGAUUGGAUGGACAGUUCCGACGAUGAUUCCUCCGAUGCCGAAGAAAAAGAGGAAGAAGAAAACAAUGAUAAGAAGAAAAAAGCUAAAAAACCAACAAUAAAGAAGAAGAAGAAACGCGAUACUGAUGCCGAAGCAUUCGAAGACUCUGAUGAUGGAGACGGUGAAGGCAGAGAACUGGAUUACAUCAGCGACAGCAGCGAAAGUGAACCAGAAAACAUGAAUUUAGAUGGCGUAUCCGAAGAAAAAGCGCUCAGAAAAUUAUUGAAUUCCGAUGAAGAAUCCGAAGAAGACUCAGAAAAAUCCGAAAAGGAACAAAGCAACGAGGACGAAGAAAACGAAGCCGAGAAGAAGGACGAAGGCGUUGAUAAAGAGAAGAAAAAGAAAAAGAAGAAAAACAAAAAAGAGGUCAAGAAGGAGAAGAAAGAAACCAAGAACGACGAUAACGAUUUCAGUUCAGACAGCAGCUCUGACGACGAAUCGAAGAAGAAGCCCGAAAAGAAAGGCAAGAAAGACGAAAAGGAGCCCAGCAGUGAGAACAGCUCUCGUUCAGCUACUCCUACCGAUAAUAAAAGAAAACUCAUCAACGAUGCAUUGGCAGGGCCUAGUCCCAAGAAAGUUAAAAUGGACAUGCCGAAUUACAUUGCUGGCUCCAACGAAUCCGGUAUUACAGAAGACGCCGUCAGAAAAUAUCUAAUGAGGAAACCCAUGACAACUACGGAACUACUACAGAAAUUCAAAUCCAAGAAGACCGGCUUGUCCAGCGAACAAUUGGUUAAUAUCAUGACUCAAAUUCUGAAAAAAAUCAAUCCAGUUAAGCAGACGCUCAAGGGAAAAAUGUAUUUGUCUAUAAAGUCGUAA